AUUAUAUUUGAAAUAUAAAGGGAUACUCGAGAGAUCCAACAUUAUUUCUAUUCAGUGUAUUGUUACCAUAGAACGUGACACAACAAAAUGGCCUACUUCGGAAAGGAAUUCAAGUUUGAAAAGGACGAGAACAUUGAAGAAUUGGUUAAGACUUUGGAUCUGUCAGCGGAGCAACAAGCGGGGUUCGUCAAUUACAAGCCCUCCCAGAAAAUUGAGAAGAAUGGUGACGAGUAUGUCUUAACUAUUGGACCUAAAGUAGUCAAGUUCAGUGCUGGAGUCGAGUUUGAGGAAAAGAUCGGAGAUAAUGUGUCGAAGUCCGUGAUCCAAGUCGACGGAGACGUCUUCAACCAGGUCCAGAACUUCGGUAAUGGUUAUGUUUUCAACAUUAAGAGGGAGUUCUCUGACGAUGCUCUUGUUCUGAGCAUCUCGCAUAGCAAAUGGGAUGGAGUAGGCCGCAGACACUACAAGCCUUAAUUUAUUUUGUAAAUAUAUAUUUUUAAUUUUAA